AUGGAGAUAAAUCCAUUUUCUCAUCAAAUUUUAGAGGUUACUCAAGGAGAACUUGCAAUUAAUUAGAAUUUAACGAAGAAUCAGGAAAUAUAAGAUGUGGACCAAUAACAUCUAUAAAACUCAUAGUAAAUAUAUGAAGAUGAAACUCUAAUUUAAGAAGCAUCGGAAAAUCCUCUUUAAUUUGAAGAGCAAGAAAAAGAAGAACAAGUGUAAUAAAUUCAAUCUUAAGAACAAAGCUAUUAGACGAUCGGAUUCAAUGAGUUAUGCUAACUUUAAAUAAAAAAUGCUGAUUCAAAGGCGAUAAACUUUAUCUUGACUGAUUAGGUGACUGAUACUACUGUUUAAUUUAGAUUUGAAUUCAGGUUCAAUCCUUCUUAUAAUGGCAACAAAGACAAUGGUGGAAUCUAUGUUUUUAAGACUAACUAAUCUGAUUCUUCUUAUUUCAGUGAAGAGCUAUUAUCCACUGAAAUAUUAUAGGGCAAUUUUUAGACUGGUGUAUAAUUUACUUAUAGGGCAGCUGAUAGAAACACUAUCUCCAUUGUCACAGUCUACUUGACUAGAAAUGAUAAAGGAUGUGGAGAUAUAGAAUUUGACAUAAAAAGAGGUGGUCUAGAUAGAAAUGUUGAAGCGACUGUGAAUUGGUCUUCAGAUGAAAUUCAAAAUAAUGGAGUAUUUUACACUGAUUCAAAUGGAUUAGAGUAUGUUAAGAGAAUCAAAAGAAAAGCUCUCGAGGAAUCAGAUCUUAAAUCAACAGCUCCAGCUAAUUUUUAUCCUAUCAAUACAGGAAUAUUUAUUGAAAAUAAAACAAAGAAGCAAUAAAUGAUAGUAAUGAACGAUAGAACACAAGCAGGCUCAGAAGAGUUCUGA